UGGGAUGGGAGGCAGGAGACAGGGGGCCUUGUGUACAGUGAGAGAAGGGGGGGCAUGGGUGACUGGGAGGUCCAGAGGAAGCACACACUCUCCUCUGCCCCACCCCCCCCACAUUCCCACUGCCCUCUUGGCUACAGUUCAGAGAGGUCCUUUCUCAGCCAAUGCCAGAGCUACUCAGUCUGGGAGGGGAGCUACGGAGGAGUGGGGGCUGGAGCUGUGUCUACUGAGCUGGGUGGUGGGAGAGACAGAGACCCAGGGACAGCCAGCUGACCAGCUCUCUUCCCGAGAGGGCCCUGGAAGAGUGCUGGAGCAGCAAGAGGGAAGAACAGCACACCCACCCUCCUGUGAAGUGACUUCUGGAGGGGGGAAUGUUGGGAGUCUUUGGUGGAGAGCCCUGGGCUUGAGAGCCAGGAGGCUCCCACAUCUUGCAGCUCUCCUCAGCUCAGGGUCCUGGAGUCCCAGUGACCUCCUCACAAAGCACUUGCUUUUUUGGAGGGUGAGGGGGUCAGGGCCAGCCUCAGAGAUGCUUCGCCGGUUCCCUGGUCUGGAGUUUUCCUUCCCUUUCCUGACUCGGCUUCGACUACGCCUUUACACAAGACUGGAAGGAAGCAGUAUGCAGGCAGAGGAGGGCACUGGUUGGUUGCUUGAGCUGUUGGCUGAGGUACAGUUGCAGCAGUACUUCCUUCGUCUCCGAGAUGACCUCAACAUCACCCGUCUGUCCCACUUUGAAUAUGUCAAGAAUGAAGACCUGGAGAAGAUUGGCAUGGGCCGACCCGGUCAGCGGCGGCUGUGGGAGGCCGUGAAACGAAGGAAAGCUAUGUGUAAGCGGAAGUCCUGGAUGAGCAAGGUGUUCAGUGGCAAGCGCUUAGAUGCAGAAUUCUCCACUCCCCAGUCACAGAAUACCUUCAGAAAGACAUCACCCAUCCCAGGGGUCUCCGCUGGGGAGGGGUCGCUGCAGAGCCUUACUUGUCUCAUUGGGGAGAAAGACCUGAGCUUGUUCGAGAAGCUAGGAGAUGGUUCUUUUGGAGUUGUACGGAGAGGGGAGUGGGAUGCUCCUUCCGGGAAGAAGGUGAGUGUGGCAGUCAAAUGCCUGAAGCCUGAUGUCCUGAGCCAGCCUGAGGCCAUGGACGACUUCAUCCGGGAGGUCAAUGCUAUGCACUCCUUGGACCAUCGGAACCUAAUCCGUCUCUAUGGGGUGGUCCUCACCCCACCCAUGAAAAUGGUCACAGAGCUCGCUCCCCUGGGAUCUCUGCUGGACCGUCUGCGCAAGCACCAGGGCCACUUCCUCCUGGGGACCCUGAGCCGCUACGCUGUGCAGGUGGCCGAGGGGAUGGGAUAUUUAGAGGCCAAACGUUUCAUUCACCGAGACCUGGCCGCCCGGAACCUGCUGCUGGCCACCCGAGACCUGGUCAAGAUCGGGGACUUUGGAUUGAUGAGGGCCCUGCCCCAGAAUGACGACCAUUAUGUCAUGCAAGAGCACCGGAAGGUUCCCUUUGCCUGGUGUGCCCCAGAGAGCCUGAAGACCCGGACUUUCUCCCAUGCCAGCGACACCUGGAUGUUUGGAGUGACCCUGUGGGAGAUGUUUACCUAUGGCCAAGAGCCCUGGAUUGGCCUCAAUGGAAGCCAGAUCUUGCACAAGAUUGACAAGGAGGGAGAGAGGGCAUGCCUCGACCCGAAAGACUGUCCCCGGGAUAUAUACAAUGUCAUGGUCCAGUGCUGGGCCCACAAACCGAGGACAGGACCUACCUUUGUAGCCUUGCGAGACUUCUUACUGGAGGCUCAGCCCACAGACAUGAGGGCCCUUCAGGACUUUGAGGAGCCAGACAAACUGCGAAUCCAGAUGAAUGAUGUCAUCACAGUCAUCGAGGGAAGGGCGGAGAAUUACUGGUGGCGUGGGCAGAAUACAAGGACACUGUGUGUGGGGCCCUUCCCGAGGAACGCUGUGACCUCCGUGGCUGGCCUGUCAGCCCACGACAUCAGCCAACCACUCCAGAACAGCUUCAUCCAUACGGGCCAUGGUGACAGUGAUCCCCGACACUGCUGGGGAUUCCCAGACAAGAUCGAUGAGUUGUACCUGGGAAACCCUCUGGACCCCCCUGACCUGCUCUCAGUGGAGCUGAGCACCCCCCGCCCCACCCAGCUUGUAGGAAGGGUAAAAAGGGAGCCUCCGCCUCGCCCGCCUCAGCCUGCCAUCUUCACUCAGAAGCCUACGUACGACCCGGUCAGUGAUGAUCAGGACCUCCUGCAGCUCGACUUCAAGCGUCUCUGUCAUCGGAAACCAGGCCUCCCCAGGGGCCUGUGGCUGGUGAAGCCCUCAGCCCGAGUGCCGGGCACCAAGGACAAGCGGGGCGGGGCUGAAGUGUCCCUCAUUGACUUUGGGGACGAGCUUACAGCACCUCCCUUGGCCAACCCUUCCCCAAAGCCCAGUGCCCUUUCCCUUGCCCAGCUGGCCAUGGAUGCCUGCUCGCUGCUGGACAAAACACCCCCGCAGAGUCCCACCCGGGCACUUCCAAGGCCCUUACACCCCACACCUGUGGUAGAUUGGGAUACCCGGCCCUUUGCCCCUCCGCCAGCCUACGAUGAUGUGGCUCAGGAUGAAGAUGAUUUUGAGGUCUGCUCUAUCAACAGUGCCCUGGUUGGUGCCAGAACCCCGAAGGGGCCUCCCCAGGGGGAGACUAACUAUGCCUUUGUGCCUGAGGCUGGACGGCCCACUCCACCCCUAGAAGACAAUUUGUUCCUCCCACCCCAAGGAGGCCACCAAACCCCCAUUCCCUUCAGGACUGCAGAAAUCUUCCAGGCUCUGCAGCAGGAGUGCAUGCGGCAGCUGCAGGUCCCAUCUAGUUCUCUGGGCUCCUCUCCUAGCCCUGGCCUGGGUGGAGAAGACAAACCUCAGGUGCCCCCGAGGGUACCGAUCCCACCUCGACCCACCGGCAGCGCAGCGAGCUGGGCUGCCGCUCAGGUGAACUGUCUCCCAGCUUCAGGGAUGUGAAGAGGAGCCGGGACGGUGGUGAGGGGGGCAGCCCCUCCCCCCCAAAUCCCCCCAAGGGAGCCCUUCCCUCAGGCUCUCGCUACCCCUAGUCCUUUGGCACUGUCUGGUGGGUCUCCCUUGCCCCUCGACUUUCCAGCUCCCCUGGGAAGACCAUGCCCCACCACUCAGAGCUUUGGCUCUGACCCCAAAUAUGCCACACCCCAAGUGAUCCAGGCCCCUGGCCCCCGGACAGGGCCUUGUAUCCUACCGAUUGUUCGAGAUGGCAAAAAGAUCAGCAACACACAUUACUAUCUGCUUCCGGAGAGGCCCCCCUACCUGGAAAGAUACCAGCGGUUCUUGCAGGAGGCCCGGAGCCCUGAGGAGGGAGCCUCCCCAUUCCUGUCCCCUCUGCUGCUGCCACCCACCAGCACACGCCCUGCUGCCCCCACUGCCACCGUUCGGCCCAUGCCCCAGGCCACCCUUGACCCUAAGGCCAACUUCUCAGCCAACAAUAGCAACACAGGUGCCCGUGCCCCAUCCUUGAGGGCAUCUGCCCGUCUGGUGAGGGGCUGCCCAGGGAUGGGCUAGAGGCUGGGCGUCCCACAGACAAGAUUACAGAUGGUCCAGGCCAUGGUGCAUGGGGUGACCACAGAGGAGUGCCAGACGGCCUUGCAGAACCACAGCUGGAGCGUUCCGAGAGCCGUUCAGUAUCUGAAGGUGGAGCAACUCUUUGGCCUGGGUCUGCAGCCAAGGCAGGAGUGUCUUAAGGUGCUGGAGAUGUUUGAUUGGAACCUGGAGCAGGCUGGCUGCCACCUGUUAGAUUCCUGUGGUCCCACCCACCAUAAGCAGAGAGGAGCCAGAAGGAGCAGGAGACUUGGAUGGGACCGCCCUUCCACAGUGCUAGCUGUAGCCCCUCCAUCCAUCUGCUCCUCCCACGGCAGCUCCAGAGGGACAAGAGAGGGAACCUCAGGAAGAGGGUGAGGAGGCAUUCAGAGCUGGGCCGAGAGAAGACUAGAGACAGUCCUGGGCACAAGGACCCCCUUUCCUCCCUUUAAAUCUCCACCCGCUGUGAUGCCUCUGCCUUACUUCCCCUUAGGGACCAGAUUGAAGGGAAAACCCCAAGCCUGUCUGCUCGUGUCUGUGGCAUUUCCUAUUCCUACGAAAGUUGAAGGAAGGGGGCAGUGGGAGCAGAGAGAGCAGGAGGGAGACCCCAGUGCUUUGUUCAGUGGAGUCUGCUAGCUUUCCGGUGGGUAUGGUGCCGUGAGACAGGCCUGGCAGUCACGGGGGAGAGAGCUCAGGAUACAGACCACAGCUGAUCUUGUACCUGGGUUGGGGUCAUUGGGAGGGGCACUGUCACGUGAGGUUGAGAAUUUCAGGAUGUUGGAAGCAGGGUGGAUGCAAGCCCAGUUCCAGGGUGGGGACAGAACCCCAGGAUGUGCAGAAGGGAACAGAUACCGGCAGCCUAACGUGGAGACUGGUGCUCCCAGCCCAGCCCCAGCCCAGCCCAAAGCCGUUUUGUGUUUUUUACCCCAACACCCCUGUUGCCAAGUUGCUGCUCUUGUCCUGCCUCCACACAUCUGCUUCUUCCAGAGAAAUAAAGUUAGUUCUAUUUU